UGGGCUGUCGGACUGAAGCUCCGUGGCCGCCGGGACCCCGCACGCAGAGAAGACCCCAGCGCGGCUGCGGCUCAAGGCUCGGCCAGCCGGACCCGGGACGCCGAGAGUGUGGACGCGCUGCGCUCCCCGAGGCGUCCGCGGCUGCAGGAGGCGCGUUUGCCCCGAACCGGAGGCUCGCAGACGGCAUGGCUCCCACGCUGCAGCAGGCGUACCGGAGGCGCUGGUGGAUGGCCUGCACGGCCGUGCUGGAGAACCUCUUCUUCUCCGCCGUCCUCUUGGGCUGGGGCUCCCUGCUGAUCAUGCUCAAGAACGAGGGCUUUUAUUCCAACAAAUGCCCAGCUAAGAACACCACCAACACCACCCAGGAUAAGCAGUACCGGUGGGUGACCUGUGACCUGCAGGAUGAGAUACUCAACCUGGGCUUCACCAUCGGAACCUUUGUGCUUAGUGCCACCACCCUACCACUGGGGAUCCUCAUGGACCGCUUUGGCCCCCGGCCUUUGCGGCUGGUUGGCAGCAUCUGCUUUGCCGCAUCCUGCACCCUCAUGGCCCUGGCCUCUUGGGACACUGAAGUUCUGUCUCCGUUGAUAUUCCUGGCGCUGUCCUUGAAUGGCUUUGGUGGCAUCUGCCUAACGUUCACGUCGCUCACUCUGCCCAACAUGUUUGGGAACCUGCGAUCCACCUUCAUGGCCCUCAUGAUCGGCUCUUAUGCCUCUUCUGCCAUCACAUUCCCAGGAAUCAAGCUGAUCUACGACUCCGGCGUCUCCUUCAUGGCCAUCAUGUUCACGUGGUCUGGCCUGGCCUGCCUCAUCUUUCUGAACUGUGCCCUCAACUGGCCUAUCGAAGCCUUUCCUGCCCCUGAGGAAGUUAAUUACACGAAGAAGAUCAAGCUCAGUGGGCUGGCCCUGGACCAUAAAGUGACAGGUGACCGCUUCUACAACCACGUGACCACCGUGGGCCAGCGCCUGAGCCAGAAGGCCCCCAGCCUGGAGGAGGGGGCCAACAUCUUCAUCUCAUCCCAAGAUGUUCGUGGCAUCUCGAAAAACGUUCCUGAGAGGUCUGUCCCCUUUCGCAAGAGCCUCUGCUCCCCUAUUUUCCUGUGGAGCCUCCUCACCAUGGGCAUGACCCAGCUGCGGAUCAUCUUCUACAUGGGCGCCAUGAACAAGAUGCUGGAGUACCUUGUGACUGGUGGCCAGGAGCACGAGACGAAUGACCUGAAACAAAAGGCAGCAGAGACAGUUGGCUUCUACUCCUCCGUCUUUGGGGCCAUGCAGCUGUUGUGCCUUCUCACCUGCCCCCUCAUCGGCUACAUCAUGGACUGGAGGAUCAAGGACUGUGUGGAUGCUCCAGCUGAGAGCACUGCCCUCGGAGAUGCCAGGGAUGGGGUGGCCUCCAAGUCCAUCAAACCACGCUACCGCAAGAUCCAAAAGCUCACCAAUGCUAUCAACGCCUUCACCCUGACCAACUUUCUGCUUGUGGGUUUUGGCAUCACCUGCCUCAUCAACAACUUACACCUCCAGUUCGUAACGUUCAUCCUGCACACCGUGGUUCGAGGUUUCUUCCACUCUGCCUGUGGAAGCCUCUACGCUGCAGUGUUCCCAUCCAACCACUUUGGGACGCUGACAGGCCUGCAGUCGCUCAUCAGUGCUGUGUUUGCCCUGCUCCAGCAGCCACUCUUCAUGGCCAUGGUGGGACCCCUGAAAGGAGAGCCAUUCUGGGUGAAUCUGGGCCUCCUGCUGUUCUCACUCCUGGGAUUCCUGUUACCUUCCUACCUCUUCUACUACCGUACCCGGCUCCAGAGGGAGUACACUGCCAAUGGGAUGGGCCCACUGAAGGUGCUCAGCGGUCCCCAGAUGACUGCAUAGACUCCUUGAGACCAAAGGACUUGGAAGACAAGCCACCAAGUUCUGAGCAACCAAAGGGAAUGCCCCACAUGGCUUUUCUACCUGUAGCCAUAUGCAUAGAGCCCGGGGCCAUGGAUUUAUAAAUACCAAGAGAAGUUCUAUUUUUGUAGGAACUUGCAAAUAGAAAAAAACCAAAAAUACUCUUAAAAAAAAAUCCCCCAAAGCAACGCUCCAUUGACUGAAGACAGCUCCUGUGCUAGAGGGAUUGGGCCUUCGUCCUCCUUGGAUUGGAGGAGACCAGGGUAUGGGGCUGCCCUUUCUCCGGGUCUUCGUCCUAAAGGCCUGCCUCCUGGUGCCUCUUGGGAGCUUGUGGGAUCAGCGAACAGCCUACCCCUCAGGUCCCAGCUGCCAAGAGUGUGCAAGAGUGCAUAUGUAUGUGUGUGUGUGCAUGUGUGUGUGUGACACAACCUUCCCCUCAGAAAGAAAGGGGGUUGAGUUGCCAGCUGUGUCCUGGAUGGGGUAAGGGGGUCAGCCCCUUCAGGGCUUGGAGGGCAGGUUCUCUCCCUGGUGCUGCUGCUUGCAGGUCUUAGAGGAAAUAAAAAGGGAAGUGAGAGACUG